AUGGAGGCUUCUGAAAAGAACUUAAGAAAUUACUGUUUUGUGGGCCGUCUGACAGACCACGCGCGUGCUGAUAUGCAGGAUGACUCUGAGGUCCAAGAAAGCGAAAGCAUACUGCCGGACGAUGGACCGGGUUGGGGCGGAUCCAGUGAUGACAGUGCGACGCCAGUCAACACUAUCAAGACAGAACCACCAGAUUACGUUGAACAGGACGAAGAGCCUGACACCCACCUUGCAUCCGUGAAGUCGGAGUCGGAACGCUACGAGGAAGACUGGAAACCUAACAGCCGAGUGCCUGCUCUUACGAAAGAUUACACAGACAUGACGCAGGUCACGUUCCACUUGAAUGCAGAGCCGCAGGUUUCCGAAGCGACCCAACGACACGAUGGCGCGGCGGUGGCCGUUAAGAUUGAGCCGCAAGACACAACGGAAGUGUGUACCGAGGAGGUUCCCGUGGGGACAGACGUGCGGGACGGCUUUGCCACCCAGCAGUGGGGAAAUGUUCCGGCGAACACUGGACUAGGGUUGGACGGUUCCAGCAGCAAUAGUGCAAUGGCAUCUGUUACUAUCAAGACGGAGCCCCCAGAAUAUGUUGAACAGGACGAAAAGCCUAGCAGCCAUCUUGUAUCUGUCACAUCAGAGACAGAAUGUUACGAUGAAGUUUGGAAACCUAAAAACCCAGUGCCAGCUCUUACGAAAGGCGAACCACCAGAUUACAUUGACGUGACAAAGGUUACGUUCCACGCAAAUUCAGAGCCGCAGGUUUUCGAAGAGGCCCAACAGCAUGGCAACGCAGCGGUGGCCGUCAAGAUCGAGCCUCAGGAGCCGGCGGAAGUCGACAAUCAGGCAAUCGCUGCAGAGACAGGCCUGGGUGAGGCAGCUCCGAAGGAGUUCCAGCAAGAUCUAGUCCCCGUGAAUCCCAUGGGCUCGUAUGCUGUCAUGGCGCAGCCACAGCAGUGGGUCUUCCCCACCAUCUCCGACAAAGCGCAGCCGCAGGCCAACAUCAUCUACUUCCACAAGGUGGAACAGCACGGCAUCGCGAUGCAGCCCGUGGUGACAACUCUGCCGGUCGUGGCAGUACAGUCCGUCGUGGCGGCGGAGUCCGAACAGGCGGUCGUCGUGGCAGUGCAGCCGCAACAGCCGGUCGUCGCGCCGGCGUGGCUUCCUCGUUCCGACAUGGGGGGUGAGUCUGGUGCCCAACAGGGUCUAUCCGUUCUGCUGAAUGCUGGUCCAGGUCCGGGUGCAGCACCUUUGCGGGACGUCGAGCAACAUCGAGUCCACGUGGAUCCGACUGUCCCGGUGCAGUCACCUUUUCACGGACCCUUUGCCGUCAGCGAAGGUGUACAAUCGCAGGAAGACCUAGUCCAAUUCCAAGAGUUCAAGCAGUCAUAGCAGAGAGUUGUUGCGACUUAGUUGUUUUGACAUUUGUCACGACAAAGUUG